AUGCAAGUAGUAUUUGAGAAAUGUUUUUCUGCGCAGCUGGCACAAUCGCAAAUAAUCUCUACGCAGGUUCAUCUAAUACCUGAAUUUGAAACAGUUCAUUCAACCUCAGACUUGUCAUCAUUUGCGGCAAAUACAACAGAAAAUAUUAAAACUGAAGCGCUAGGCGCGUGUGAUAAUAUCCGAACAGAUGGUCAGAACACUAACAGUGUUUCACGCGAAACUGAUUCCAGAACAUCCAGUAUUCCAGGAAAUGCUGCAGAUGAAAAUGAUUGUCCGAUAAUGUCAGCGGAUGAACCAAAAAAAUUGAUGCAAGAUCAUUUUUUGGAUGAAGAUUCGUUGCUAGAAAAUUUACCUAAAUUUGAGCACUCCAAUGCAAGUGGUUUGCCAUGUGAAUUAACACGCAACGUAAAUUGGCUGAAGCCAAAAUCGCCAAAUGCAAAACCAGAUUUUGAGAUCUAUGAUAGUGAUGAAUAUGUCUCAAGGCAGAGGAAGCAGGUCCUGCAAGCGAGAAACAUCCAUCGAAGUAAUGGUACCUCGACCCGUGGUGCAAAUGAAGGAAGGUCAGGAGGCUUGCCUCCGAUGCCUCCAUAUCAUCAGUCGAACGACAAUAACUGGCACAAGCAUUCACAGAACGGUUCAUUAUCCCGGAAUUAUCCCGCACGUCCUUUCUCGACCAGUGAUAGCUUUGUUCGUAGUCAAGAGCGAAACAGUUAUGACAAGUAG